CAACUUGCAUGCUAGUGGAAGAAUCAAAACAUAACCUUAAAUGUAAUGGUAUGGUAUUCGGGAGAAAUAACUUGCGAAUUUUCUCAAUUUUCCUUUUGAUUUUAUGAAUAUAGUGCGUCGUACGUUUUCCACAUAUAGAAUGGCUUGUAGUCGAUACGAGUAUGUCAAGCAAUUUGAGCUUGAUGACAAAAUACUGCCUAAUACUUGGAUCGUUGUCCGGGUGGAUGGAAAAGGAUUCCACAAAUUUGCCACAGUUCACAAUUUUGAUAAGCCCAAUGAUGUCCGGGCACUCGAUCUGAUGAACUGUGCAGCAGUGUCUGUAAUGCAGGAGUUUAAGGACGUUGUUAUUGGGUACGGACAGAGUGAUGAGUAUUCUUUUGUCUUCCGUAAGAGUACAGACAUCUACAAGAGACGAUCUGCAAAGAUUAUGUCAAUGGUCACAAGUCUCUUCACCUCAUCAUACGUUCUAAACUGGAACCGGUUCUUUCCGGAUCGACUUCAAUACGCUCCAGCUUUCGAUGGGAGAAUCGUGGUAUAUCCUAGUGAUGAGAAUCUCAAGGAUUACUUGUGCUGGCGUCAGGCUGAUGUCCACAUCAACAAUCUCUACAACACAGCCUUUUGGUGCCUCGUCUUGCGCGAUGGACUGACAAAUUCCGAAGCUGAAGCCAAACUCCGUGGCACGGUGUCUUCAGACAAGCACGAACUACUCUUCCAGCAUUUUGGAAUCAACUACAACAAUCUGCCAGCCAUCUUCCGGAAGGGCACAGUGCUACUGAGGAAGCGUGUUCAUGCUGAAAAAAUUGACUUGAAGCGCCAACUGAUCGUUCCACAGUAUGUCGAUAUCAUCCGAGAGAAUUUCUGGACAGAGAACUGGGAACUCCUUGAUACAAAGGGUUCAGGUGGUGAUGUAUUCCACGUAAAAAGUCACGAUCUGCCCGAUCUCAUGAAGCUGCAGAUUUCCGGCCGAGAAAACUGACAAAUAAACCAUCUUUUUUUUCUCUUUAUAUAUAAA